UCAGCACCACGACUUCCUGCUAUUCCGCUUUUUUCCGCCCUUCAAUUGAAAAGCAACAGAACAAGUGAGAGAAGAAGACAGUCUGGUUCGAGUAAUUCCUCAGUCUCCUCCACCAAUCUCCGCUUAAUUUCGAUCUCAGCAACUCCUCGAUGUCUUGCACGACGAGCCCACAGCUCCGGCUACUGAUACUCCGAUGGCCUCAACGAGCCCCUUUCUCUUCCUGUUCUUCUUCGUCUUCUUCAGCGGCGGGAUCAAAUCACAUCUUCUCCGAUAAGUUCUGCCGAUUUCCGAUUCUUUCCCUUCAACGAAUCGAUUGUUCCCUCAAUAUAAUCGAUUUCAGCAGGCGGAAUCGCUCUGCUGCCAUGUGCUUUCGCAGCUUCGUGGCCCAAGAAGAGAGUGCGGAGGCCAUUUCUGUGAAGUAUGAAGAGAGUAAUGGGAUUUCAACAAAGGAGUGUAUUCAUAGAUAUGAAGACAGGGAUGGAGAUCGCAGCAAUGUUGUUGUUGACCCGUCCUUCGACAUCGACUUGAAGGAGCGGAAGAGAAAAUUUGGGUCUUUUGUGUCUGCUGCUGCUGCUGCUGCUCGAUUAUUUCGAACCAUUAUUCGCGGAAGGAGAAGAAUUCCAGGUGGUGUUCAGAUGAAUGCAGCACUAAUAACCUGUUUACUUGUAUUUCUUCUGGCAUUUGAUUGGUAUUCAUGGUGGACUGCAAGGCUACCAUUGCAACCAUUUCAAUUUUCGCGUACUUUCUUAAUAUCAGCUGCUUUGUCUGGAUUUGCUGGUUGGCUUUAUGUUCCAAUCGUUAAUAAAAUGAGGAUCCAUCAGGUCCUUAGGGAAGAAGGACCUCGUUCCCACUCCUCUAAAAGAGGAACCCCAACUAUGGGUGGAUUGUUCUUUAUUCCAAUUGGCAUAGCUGUUGCUGGUAAAAUUGCUAAUUACAAUUCUUCGCUAGUUUUUGGAUCAGUUUUAGCAACUCUUGCAUUUGCAGCAAUUGGUUUAAUUGAUGAUCUCUUAAGUUAUAUUAAGGGUCACAAUUAUGGCCUUCCCGGAUGGAUAAAAUUCAGUUUACAGGCUGCAGUUGGAGCUUGUUUUUCUUUCUGCUUGAACUGGGUGAAUAUUUCAAUGCCGUCUAAUAUGAAUUUAUCAGUUCAUCUCCCUCAACCAUUUGGCCUCCUUUAUUUGGGAAAAUAUUACCUGGCUUUGACAACAUUCUGCUUUGCUGCUAUGAGCAAUGGGGUUAAUUUGACUGACGGACUUGAUGGUUUGGCUGGAGGUGUUGCUGCGUGGGCAUUUAUAGGCAUGUCUGUUGCUGUUCUUGCAAUAUCUCCAGAACUUUCAAUCUUCGGAGCAUCAAUGGCGGGUGCUUGUGUAGGUUUUUUAUUUCACAACAGAUAUAAGGCUUCUAUAUUUAUGGGUGAUACUGGCUCCUUGGGCUUGGGUGGUGCACUUGCUUCAAUGGCUUCUUGCACGGGAAUGUUCUUGCCAUUAUUUAUUUCCUCUGGUAUUUUUGUCAUGGAAGUACUUUCUGUCAUUGUGCAGGUGCUUUUCAUGAAGGUUACCAGAAAGUUGUAUGGGGUUCGUCGCCGGGUCUUUCGAAUGUCACCAAUUCACCACCAUUUUGAAUUAUGUGGCUACAAAGAACCAGUUAUUGUUGCAAGUGCAUACUUUAUCUCUUGUAUUUUGGCCUUAAUUGCUGGAUAUAUUGGUAUUAUUUCAACUUAAAUAAAAAAAUAUAUAUUACUGCUUUUGUUCUCCAGUCAUAAUCUCAGUCUGCUGCAGCAUCAAUUCCCUUUUUAAGUGUACUGUCAUCUCUCAUAUAUAGGCAAUAAGCCCCCAAAUAAUUUCGAAUGAAGCUGCGGCUAAAAGCUUUUGGUUGGUUGGGCUAUAUUUGUUCCUUAAAUCUCAAUAUUUGUAUUGUUUCAUUAAAAUUUUGUAUGUAUUGCUUCUUUAGCAGAACCGUUGAUUUAAUUUUUGAAUAUU